ACCCGCCCGCGCUGGGUCUGGCAAACGCAAAGGCGAUGGCUGGCGUUUGUAAUGUAAAAUUGUAAAUUAUUUUCAAUUUGUAAUUACUUUGUUUGUUUAAAACAGAGUAUUUUUCGCCAUCGAAUUGAACCUGGAUUCCGAUAGCAUUUAUAUUUUGAAUAUUAGUAGUUUUAGCAAGAAAGGAAUAUUAUAUAUUUAGGAAAAUAUGUUUUUAGCUGAGGGUAGUCGAAUUGAUUCAGGCCGGUAUACUACAAAUUCAAAUUCCAUAGAAUUUGGACCAUGGCACAUUUCAUAUGACAUAAGCUGUAUAUUGCCCAGUGUUUGUUCCACAAAAGUUGUGUGUGAACGUGAUGACGACCAGUUUUGUCAGUUUUGUCUAUACUGUAAAGAAUUAAGUAUACCACACUUCCCUGAUAUGGUGUUUCCUAAGAAUGUUCUGAGAUUGGACCACACAGGUGGUGCCAAAAUACAGUUUAAUCCUUUGGAUGCUUUGCGUAGAGUGGCAUGCAGGUUAGAUCCAAUAGAAGUCUCUUGCGCUGAAGCCUGGCUGGAGUCACGGCCUGAUGCAGAGAAAGCUAAGAAACCAUUUGACUGGACUUUCUCAACAGAUUACAAAGGCACACUGUCUGAUAACAUCACAGUAGAGAGAACAAACGAGAGUAUAGACUUUGAAAUACUUAAACGUAAAGAUCAAAUAUUGUUCUACCAUGACCUUACACUGUUUGAAGAUGAACUACAUGACCAUGGUGUGUCCAAGUUAUCUGUUAAAAUUCGAGUUAUGCCAACAUACUGGUAUGUGUUGCAAAGAUACUUUCUCAGAGUGGACGAUGUUCUUGUGCGUUCGCAUGAAACCAGGCUGUUUCACAUGCUGAACACAGACUAUGUCCUGAGAGAGUACUCUACCAAAGAAGCUAAGGCCCAAGAUAUUAAUAUCCCCACAUCUGAAAUGAAAGACGGCGAUGACGUGGUGCCUUUAUUGCCUGUGAAAGAAAAAAAUACAGAAAAGCUAUUUAUAAAUACACAAAUAAAUUGAUAAGCUGCCAGUGAUCUCAAUUAUAUAUAAGCAAUGUUUGUGAUAGCUUUAUGUAUAAAUUAUUAAGACAAAAA